ACAACCUGAAGUGCGCGUUAAUUGAGCUGAAUUUGAAUACGGUGAUCAUCAUCAUUAGUCAUCAUUAGCCUCGGUUCCAAGCCGCUGGGAAGACGUUUAUACUAGCCUCGAUACUAGCAAUAGAGUUCAUCAUGUCUUCUUUACACCAGUCUCCUGUAACACCAUCCUGGACCUCCCCUGACUAUCUAUUGAGCCACAGGAUGAAGGAGUGUUGUGUACAGCUACAUGCUUCAGUACAGAAAUGGAAGCAACUCACUGAAGAAGGAUUUAAUGUUGCAACAAAGCUAGUCAACACUCUUCAACAUGAAAAGUACACUCAUCACACUGGUGACCUGUCUAAUAUGUGUGACGUCUCAGUCGUUGAAUCUAAGAUCAUUGAAGAACGAGAAGGCUUCUACACCAAUUUUAAAGACAUCAUAAAUAAGCUGGAGAGUGUGGUUGCGAGGAUGGGAACUCUGUCUGGCAAUGUACGUGCAGCAGUAGAGUUGCUAAGCUCUUCACAGGACCCCAGUCAACCUAUCUUCCAGUCUCUCUCUCCAGUCAUGUUUGGUUCCCACUUUGAGGUGGUAUACAAGACUUACUGUCAGGAGAUUUCCUUACGGGAAAAAAUAUUGGGCGACAUUAUCCAGCAGUCGUGUCGAGACACUGUGACAAUGUAUCUAUCUUGCUGGCUACAUGAACCAUACAUUGGAGCUGAAUGUACCGAGAGUUUAGAAGCUCUGCUGAUAGACACUAAUUUGAGGUAAUUCUGUUUGUAGUUCUCCAUUAAGACAUUUUGAUUUCUGUAUAAAGUGUCAGUGUUAGUGUGGUAUAUAUGAGUUCUAUUGAAAGUUUGAACUAAAACACUCUUAAUUGUUCA